AUGUCUCUCUCCAGGUUACUUAGACCGAGUCUAUUUUCGAGAGGUGAUGUGGCAAGUUUUUUUAAACCGGGUCCAGUUAACCAACAAUUUCGGUGCUUCAACAAAAAAACCAAUGAGAAGACCAGAGAUUCCAUGUAUUAUGUUGUUAGUCUGGGUGUGAUUGCGAUUGGGGUCACUUUUGCCGCUAUACCAGCUUAUCGAAUUUUCUGUGAGCAGACCUCUUUCGGAGGUUUAACACAGAUUGCUUCUGAUUUCGAGAAAAUUGCGUUGAUGAAAAAGGUGGAGGACAGGUUGAUUAGAGUUCAGUUCAACUCAGAUGUCCCUUCAAGUAUGCAAUGGGAGUUCAAGCCACAACAACUUGAGAUGUAUGUACAUCCUGGUGAGACAGCUCUAGCUUUCUAUACUGCUAGAAAUCCCACUGAUAAACCUAUUAUUGGUAUAUCUAGUUAUAAUCUAACCCCUUUUCAAGCUGCUUAUUACUUUAACAAGAUACAGUGUUUCUGUUUCGAAGAACAGAUUCUGAAUCCUGGAGAGAAGGUCGACUUGCCUGUCUUCUUUUAUAUUGAUCCUGAUUAUGCUAAUGAUCCUAAUCUGGAGUACUUGGACAGUAUUCUAUUAAGCUAUACAUUUUUUGAAGCUAAAUCUGGAUUGAAAUUGCCUAGUCCUUUUGAUCCGAGUAAUAGACCAAUGGCCAAAGCCGAAGAAUCUCCGAAGAAACAAACAUCUUAA